GCCGGGAGAGGGGCGGCCGCCCAGCCGCUGUCCGGGGAACCCGGGGCUGGCUCACGCCUUCCGGGUGUGGGAGGAUCGAGGAGCCGGGGUGACCUCCAUUUUUUUUCCGGAGCUGCGGCGAUGCUGGCGUUAUUGCCUAGGUCGCUAACCUAGGGAAUGCUCCAGAAGGAACAGAGGCAGAGUUUUUUUUUUUUUUUUUUUUUGAACUGUUGGGAGUAAACAACCUCGAGUUUGGACGUAAUUGUGUUUAAGGAGUUAUAUUUUAUACAGAAAUCUUGCGAGACCACUGUGCAGCAAGGUGAUGAUUGUACAAAGAGUGGUAUUGAAUUCCCGACCUGGAAAAAAUGGUAAUCCAGUGGCAGAAAAUUUCCGAAUAGAAGAAGUAAAUUUAUCAGAUAAUAUCAAUGAAGGACAAGUACAAGUGAGAACUCUUUAUCUUUCUGUGGAUCCUUACAUGCGUUGCAGAAUGAAUGAAGACACUGGUACUGAUUAUAUAAGAGCUUGGCAGUUGUCUCAAGUGGUUGAUGGUGGAGGUAUUGGGAUUGUAGAAGAAAGCAAAAACAUAAAUUUUACCAAAGGCGAUUUUGUGAUUUCUUUUAAUUGGCCCUGGCAAACCAAGGUUAUUCUGGAUGGAAAUAGCCUUGAAAAGGUAGACCCACAACUUGUGGAUGGGAACCUUUCAUACUUUCUUGGAGCUAUAGGUAUGCCUGGUUUGACUUCCUUGAUUGGGAUACAGGAAAAAGGUCAUAUAACUGCUGGAUCUAAUCAGACAAUGGUUGUUAGUGGAGCUGCUGGUGCUUGUGGAUCCUUGGCCGGGCAGAUUGGCCAUUUGAUGGGCUGUUCCAGAGUGGUGGGAAUUUGUGGAACACAGGAGAAGUGCCUCUUUCUGACCUCAGAACUAGGCUUUGAUGCUGCAGUUAAUUAUAAAAAGGGGAAUGUGGCAGAACAGCUCCGUGAAUUAUGCCCAGCUGGAGUGGAUGUUUACUUUGACAAUGUUGGUGGUGACAUCAGUGAUGCAGUGAUAAGUCAGAUGAAUCAGAACAGCCAUAUCAUCCUGUGUGGUCAAAUUUCUCAGUACAACAAAGAUGUGCCUUAUCCUCCUCCACUACCCCCUGCUGUAGAAGCAAUCCAAAAAGAAAGAAACAUCACAAGAGAAAGAUUUCUGGUGUUGAACCAUAAGGACAAAUUUGAGUCUGGCAUUCUACAGCUGAGUCAGUGGUUUAAAGAAGGGAAGCUAAAGAUCAAAGAGACUGUGAUAAAUGGAUUGGAAAACAUGGGAGCUGCAUUCCAGUCCAUGAUGACAGGAGGUAACAUAGGAAAGCAGAUAGUUUGCAUUUCAGAAGAAACCUCUGUGUAAUCUGUAUAAGCAUCUUUAUCAAGGAAAUAUACAGAUUUCUUUCCAUUUUGCACAAAGAUUUUUAAGAUACAUUAAAAAAUAUCUUAGAGUACAGAUGGCUUUUUAUUUAAAUGUGAUCGUUGGUAAUAUUUUCUAGUUGCAUAAUUUUUUCCUAUAUCUUCAAUAUCAUAUGUGUUUUCUAUAUCCAACAUGAUUAUUUACAGUAGUAGAUUGAAGUCAACAUGACCUAUUUUUCUUUCUUUUACUAAAACUGAUAUAUGAUAUUUGAUCAGAUAUUCUGAAACCACCGGAGAUUUGAUAUAAGUGCUUAAUGGAUCAGCUUAAUAAGUCAAUUUUUACAGUUAACUUUUAUUUAAAAUAGAAUGCUUGAGAAGACACAUAGUAAAUAUAUGUUGACCUGAAAAUGCUUUACAUAAUUCUUGAACUGUAACUUGGUAUAAGAAUAGAAUUGGGAUGGCUUUUCUAUAUUGUAGAUGGAAGAGAUUUAAUGGCAGAGCAUGUGUUGGGGUUUGGGGGGAAUUUAGAGCUUGUGGAGCAGUUUUUAGGAUAGGAGAGCAGAGGUUUUGUGUUGAGAAGAAAACAGGUCAGUCAGGUUGAUGAAAAGACUAGUUUAUUACAGAGGAUUAUCUGUUUGUGUUUUGCUAAAUAAUUUACUGUAUAGCCUAAAAACUCAAAUACAUGUAUUGAUAAAAGCAUGUUUGUUUUAGGUUAGCAGUUACAUACUGUCAAAUAGUGUAAAGAUUUUGAGGGCAAAUAGAUAAAAACAUCACUUGAAGUUUUAAGUGAUCAGAAAGAUUUAGGCAACAAAGACAGCUUUAGAAAAUGACAGGACUGAGCAAAUUAACAAUUGGUUGUAAACAUGAGUGUUCAAGAUCUAAUGUACCUCUAAAUAAGACGGUUUGUUUCAUUAAUUAUAAUCAACCCUUUACAAUAAAAUUGAAGAUAUUUUUCAAGUGUU